CGGAGGGCGCGAGAUGAGCAGCGUGGCCGUACAGGUGCCUCGUGCCGCGCGUCCUCCCACCACAUCCUCACUCAGUCGGUGUGUUGGUGGUGUGUGCGUCGGUGUGAGAGCACCACGCUGCGCUGCGCUCGCUUGUGCCCGGGCUUCCUGACUAAAAGGUGUGAGACAGCGUGGUGAAGAUGGGAUCGCCACGGCGCUCCAGCCCCCCAUGGCCGACGUGGCUGCUGGUGUGGUUCGCGGCUCCGCUCGCCCUGGCGGCAGUGGCUUCCCUGGAUAUUGAAGUGACGGUCCCGCCGCUCAUCGGACCUGACCUCCCCAAGGAGGAAGUCCUGUUCACGGUGAACCACGACCCGGAGCAGGAGCCCGAGCCCCUCACGCUGCCGUGCCGCGCCGACGGGCUUCCCGCCCCCAGCUACUCGUGGCUGAAGGACGGAAGCCCCUACGACUGGCACGACGACGGCGACGACGACGGCGACGAUGACAACGGAGCGGGCGAACGCGUCGAGAUGCUGCAAGGCGAAGGCACGCUGGUCUUCCACGACCCGCAGCCGGAGGACGAAGGAGUGUAUCAGUGCAUCGCCGAGAACAGCGUCGGCGUCGCCCACAGCGACCUCAUCACAGUCCGCCGGGCAGUCAUGGGCAGCUUCCCGAAGGCCGAGCACAGGAUCGUGACCGCCGCCGAGUGGCAGCCACUCAAGCUGCCCUGCACGCCGCCCGAGGGAUACCCCGAACCCACGCUCCACUGGGUUCUGCAGAACUCGGACGGAGGACUUCGCAGCCUGGACUCUGAGCGAAUCACGGUGGACGAGGAGGGAACCCUCUGGUUCAGCUACGUGACGCGCGAGGACGCGUCCGGGGACGCCCUGUACGCCUGCGCCGCCUCCUCCGCCACCAGUGGUCAGAAGAUGUACCUUGUGAAAGACGAGGAUGGCUUCCUUGAGGUGCUCGAAGACCCUCCUGAGGACGAUUCCGUAACGGUCAUCAGUCUGCCGACUGAGUACCGCAUGGGAAACUGGGUGUACCUGAACGUGAGUUACCCCGAGGACGAGGAGUCGACGCACCCCGAGGCAAGCAUCGCGCCAGUCAAGCAGUACCUGAGUCCCCGCCAGAUCACGGUGCUUGAGGGGGAGGACGUCAAGCUGCACUGCCUCUACGGCGGAUACCCCGUCCCAGAUAUCCGUUGGUGGCGGGAGAGCAGAGCCGACGUGGAGGACGACCAGCUGGAGCACUUCGGAAAGAUCCUCGUGCUUGAGGACGUGGACCACGAGGACACAGGCUCCUACUACUGCCAGGCCUCCAACGAGGCGGGCGAGAGUGAGGCGCACCAGUUUACCGUCUACGUUGAAGCUGCCCCUGAGUUCAUCGUGGAGCCGGAGGUGGUGAACCUGCCUGAGGGCGAGACGGCGACGCUGAGCUGCGAGGCGAAGGGCGACCCCGAACCCAUCAUCACCUGGACCAAGAAUGGGCAGCCCAUGGACACCCACGAGACCACGCUGAUGUUCGACCGCCUGAGCUUCGCCGACAAGACCGUCAUCGCCUGCAACGCCUCCAAUGAACAUGGCUACGUCUACAAGAGCGUUUACCUCAAUGUUUUGUCCCUCCCACCCGAGUGGAUGACGGAGCCGAAGGACGUGUACGUUCUCGAGGGCGGCUCGGCCGAGCUCGAGUGCGAGGCCUUCGGCUCGCCUGACCCCGAGAUCACAUGGGCGCGGCGCGACGGCGACGAGAAGACGGUCAUCCACGACGAGGACCCGCGCUACGAUGUCAACGACCACCAGCUCCUGAUCAACACCGUCGAUGACACUACGGACGGCACGUACGUGUGCACGGCCACUAACAAGUUCGCCUCUAUCGAGUCGGAGGCCAAGGUCGCCAUGCGAAGUAUGACGCGGGCGGAAGUGAGUAUCAAGGAUGAGCGAGUUGAAGCGGGAGAUCACGUGACCCUGGACUGCCGAGUGGCCAUCGACCCGCUGCUUAAGUCGUCUGUCACUUGGCUCAAGGAUAACGUAGAGAUCGACCUCAAGGAUGACAAUUUCCACUUGGGACAAAGGGCUGCUGAUGAGAAAGACGACGACGAUGACGACGACGAUGACAAGCACAAGAUAGAGAACUGGGUGCUGGAGAUCGAGGAGGUCCACGGCCACGACUCGGGCGUGUACACGUGCAGGGUGCACACUGACCUCGAUGACGUCACGGAUGACCUCAUUUUGACGGUAGAAGACGUCCCGAACCCCCCAGCCUGACGAACGUGGAGUGCAACCCCCGCAGCGCCUACCUGGGCUGGGCCUCGACGGGCGACAACAACGCGAAGCUUCAGGGCUUCGUGAUUCAGUACCGGACGCGGCUACACCCCGAG